AAUCCGUCAGUGGGCUCAGUAUGCGUUGAGAUUUUGAAUCAAAUGGUUUUGUACUUUGUCAUUCGUGACGUUCGUCAAUUUAUUUAAUUAAAAGUAUAAACAAUAAAAAAUGGGUGAAAUGAGCAUUCUAGAAAGUUCGCGAGCAUUGGAGCUACUCGAUGAUUUCCAGCCGCGAGACUAUCAAAAAGAUAUGAAGAAAGUGUGUUUACAAAAAAACACUAUUAUUUAUCUUCCGACUGGAGCUGGAAAAACUCACAUAGCGUUGAUGGUUAUCAAAGCUAUGGCUGGUGAUUUGACUAAGCCUUUGACGCAGGGUGGAAAACGAACCUUCUUCAUUGUAAAUACAGUCGCAUUAGCGAAGCAGCAAGCGGAAUUUUUGUCCCGAAAUGUUCCGCAUAAAACGACGAUAUAUACAAGCGAUCGAAAUGUUGACACAUGGAAACAUGACAUGUGGCUGGAGGAGUUUGCAAAGUACCAGAUUGUGGUCUGUACGUGUCAAAUUCUGUUAGAUGUGUUAAAGCACGGUUAUCUGUCUGUUAGGCAUAUUAAUUUGCUUAUUUUCGACGAAUGUCACCACGGAGUUGGUGAUCAUCCAAUGCACGGCGUCAUGGAACAAUUUUUGAGAGUGCCCAAGAGUGACCAUCCUCGGGUUAUUGGCUUAUCGGGAAUGUUAUUGUAUAAACAACUGAAAUCUGUGGAUCAGGUUUCACCAGAGCUUGAAAAACUGGAGAACACCUUUUUGUCUACAAUUGCCACUGUGGGCAGCUAUGAUGCAUACACUGAAGUAUGCAAAUUUUCCACUAAUCCAGCGGAACAAAUUGUGGGUUAUUAUGAUUCUCCAGUGACACCCAUCAUGCAGCAUAUAAUAUCAACCAUCAACGAAUUCAUAGCCACCGUAGAGAAUUUUCAUUUACCAAAGUUUUUAAAUCAAAACAAAUCGUUUGUACGUGAUAUGCCAAAACCGAAGAAACAGAUUGUGAAGUUUUUGAAAGAGAUUCAAUACCAGCUCAGUGAUUUAGGGUUAUUUGGAGGUUCUAUCGCCGUACUUGGACUGAUAGUUCAAUUUGAGCUGGACAAACGGCAAUCGGAUAGCUCAAUGUUAAGGUUGCUGUACCGAGCUUGCAUCACUUUUUGCGAGACUUUGCGGCAUAAAAUGGAAAAGCUCAUGGAGGGUUUACCAAUCAAGCAGAAAUUAACAAAAUUUUCAUCAGUUAAAGCUCGUCAGCUUAUUGAUUACCUGGAAAGAAAUUACCAUGCAAAACAAGACAAAACUGCAAAAACGUUGGUGUUCGUGCAACGUCGUUACUCCGCUAAAGUUUUGUACCAUUUGCUAAAAAUCUACUUCUCCCAGACCGAAGACGCGGAUUUUAUAGUGCCCGAGUUUAUGGUCGGUAAUAAUGGAUCUAUGCCAGAGUCGAUUGAGCAGAUCUUGAGAGCGAAAAAGGAUCGCAAGGUGCUCGAACGUUUCAAGAAAAAUGAAAUUAACGUUAUUGUCGCUACUAACGUGCUGGAGGAAGGAAUAGAUUUACAAAUGUGCAACAUGGUCGUUAAGUUCGAUCACCCACCAACGUUCGCUUCCUAUGAACAGUCGAAAGGCCGAGCCAGAAUGAAGGACAGCCAAUAUACGGUGUUCGUGAAGGAUGCCGAUAGGCAAAAAUUUCUGGAACAAUAUAGAUUGUAUAAAGGCAUCGAGGAAGAGUUGAGAAAGUGCCUCGUUGGAAAAACAAUAAAUCGACCCGAGCCGUUAGAUGCAGAUGUUCGUAGGGAACUUUUAAAUGAGAUCAUCCCACCUUUUUUCACUCCCAUAGGAGCCAAGUUGGACGCCUUCUCGGCGAUUCAGCUGCUAAAUCGCUAUUGUAUGGGUAUGCCACGCGACGCGUUUACCAAUACGAAUGUUACUUGGGAACGUACUAAUCUGAAAGAUAAUAAGAUAAUCGUGGAUGUUCUACUUCCACUGCAAUCGACGAUUCGCGAAAAAGUUUCAAGCAUACCUAUGCCCAACGUGAAGUUGGCAAAACGUUCUGCUGCAUUUAAUGCCUGUAAAAAACUUUACGAACAGGGUGAGCUGAAUGAUCAUCUGAUCCCGAUCGAUAGCAAACGUCAGCUGGAAAAUUUGAGCAAUGUUUACUUCAAACACUGGAAUGAUUUCACGGAUGACCAAGCUAAAGUGGCCGGGACAAUAAAAUGUUUACGAAGCCACGCGAUAAAAUAUCCGCAGCAAACAACAAAUUGCUGUCCACAACCAGGCAAACCUUGCUUCAUAUAUAUUAUUCGCAUGAAGGCUGGCUUUAAAAAAGAUCCAGAUAAUGAAAACAUAAAUAUUUUCCGUGAACUUUAUGAUAGUGAGAAUAAUUUUGGUAUAAUGACAACCAAAUCUUUGCCAGUAUUGGCUGGAAUGAAGUUCUUCGUCACGCUAGGUGUGAUCGAUGUCCAGGUGAUGCCUCAGCCGGUUGUAUUAGAGAACGCUGGUAGCGCAGCGGAGCUGCAACUGCUUAAAGAUUUCCAUGUGAUGGUUUUUAGAGAUAUGCUUAGACUGUGGAAGCAGUUUCUAGUUUUGGACAAUGCGAAUGAGGCCAACAGUUUUCUAGUUGUACCAUUGAACCGGUCUCAACAGAUUGAUUGGCCGGUCGUGACAAGGUUUCCUUAUCUUAGCGAACCGUCCGAACUGGCGCCUAGAGCCCGUGAGAGAAUGACGUUCGACCCGGAGCGUUAUCGCCAUCGGGUUAUAUUGCCAUGGUACAAAUCGAACAUGGAACAAUUCUACGUGGUCACGAUGGUGCAUGAGCAUCUGACACCGGAGAGUCCAUUUCCAAAUCCGGACUACAAAUCCUAUGAAGAUUACUUUACGCAAGUCUACCAUCAGCAUAUUGUGAACAAACAACAGUUUCUAAUUGAGGUUAAAGGUAUUACGACAUACCUCAACCGACUAUGCCCUGGAGCGGAGGCAGACGGCAGAAGCGCUCGCUCGAAGCAUUGGCGUUUCAACGAAGUGCUGAUUCCUGAGCUGUGCCACAACUUUGAGUUUCCAGCCGACUACUGGCUCAAAGCCACUUUGCUGCCGAGCGUUUUGCAUCGUGUUCACUAUUUGUUGCACGCGGAAAACCUUAGGGUGGAAUUGGCUACUGCAGCGGGUAUUGGAUGUUUGGAAAAUCGCAGCAUUGAUAUUCUAGAGGUAUCGUACAAAGCGCAGCCAGAUGAGAAUGAAAUGGAUUUAGAUAACAUGACUUUCGAAAGCGAUGAUGAUGAGGAUGAUGCGUUUGACUACGAAGAGGCCACAAAAGAAUUAAGUAAACCGCAAGAUUUGUCUGAACUGUUAAGAGGGCAAAUCAACAACUUCGAUGACAAUUUGGACUUACCGUGGGCGGAAAAGGAUGAACCGGAGGAUAUAGACCGCAAGUGGGAUGAUAUCACAAAAAUUGACAUUGAUUACUACGACACAUUUGUAAGAAAAUUUUCUGACUUAAAUUUACGAGAGCAUGUAGCGGAACAGGUGACUAGCAGCUACACGAAUGCUAUCCACAGACGAACCACCUCCAGUAGUCCAAAGCGUGUUCAAGCGAUCGGUGAUGUUCCACUAGAGGAAAAAUUUAAGAUCAAGCUAUUAGAUCGCACACCUGAAAACACCGUGCAGAAAAAUCUUCAACAGAAAGAUAUUUUAGAAGCGCUCACCACUAAAAGCUCGGCAGAUGUGUUUGACUUGGAACGGAAUGAGUUGCUCGGUGAUGCGUUUUUGAAAUUUGCAGCGUCAGUAUAUCUGGUCAAAAAUCACAAAGAUUGGCACGAAGGUUUCCUAACUGCGGUUAAAGGAAGAAUCGUAAGCAACCGCAAUUUGGUGUACUGUGCUAUGAAUAAAAGUUUGCCUGGGAUGAUGAAAAUUCAUAAGUUUGAUCCGAAGAACGACUGGCAGCCGCCGCUGGCAACAGUUCCGAAACAAAUCAAAAACACUAUGAUCGAACAUAAACAGUCGGCGAGACUUUUGUACAAACUAACUAUGACUGCAGAAGAGGUGAAAGCAGGAUCCAUCGAUUACGAAAAAAUGGAAAAUUUCAUGACUCUCAUGGAUGUUGACAAUAAAAAUUUAGAUCCGUCUCCCAUGCAGAAUUAUUUGUCGCAGCAGGUUAUGAAUGAUAAAAAUGCUGCUGAUGCAGCGGAGGCCCUUCUUGGUGUAUGUGUGGAUACGGUGGGUGUUAAGAGGUCAUUCAAGAUGUUGUCUUAUUUGGGAAUUCUCCCGAAAAAGGAGAAUUUAAUGGUUAUGUUGGAUAGCAAAAUUGAAAACCAGCGGCUGAAAACAAAUGUUUCAGUUAGUGAAAUAGAUGCGUUCCUAGUAAACCAUGAGCGUAUCGAAGAAAUACUUAACUAUAAAUUCACAGAUCGUGCGUAUCUUCUUCAGGCCCUCACACAUGCCUCAUUUCCAACGAAUCGGAUAACCGGGUCAUAUCAACAGCUUGAGUUCCUAGGAGACGCGGUGCUAGAUUUCUUGAUUUCAGCUUAUAUUUUCGAACAAAAUCCGUCUAUGAGCCCCGGGCAGUUGACCGAUCUUCGAUCGGCGCUUGUGAACAACGUGACGCUAGCUUGUAUUCUGGUGCGCAAUGGAUUGCACCUUUAUAUACUGUCGGAAUCUGCAUCGUUUUCCGAUACUGUCAGUAAAUUUGUGGCAUUCCAGGAACAACACAGUCAUCAGAUUACCGAUCAGGUGAAUUUGCUAGUGGAAGAAACCACCGAAAAGAUGGGCGAAUUCAUCGAUGUACCGAAGGCUCUGGGAGAUGUUUUCGAAAGUUUGGUCGGAGCAGUUUUCCUAGACUCAGGUAAUGAUCUGUACGCAACGUGGAAGGUGAUAUAUGGUAUGAUGCACAGUGAAAUUCUGACCUUCACAAGGGACACUCCGAUUCAAAUUGUGCGCCAGCUGUAUGAAUUUCAGCCAACAUGUUCGCCAACGUUCUGCCAAGCUGUUGUGGAUGAGGAUACGGUGAUGGUUAAAUGUCUAUAUCGUAUACGAAACCAGACUCGAGAAGCGUAUGGUUUCGGCCAGAACAAGGACGACGCUAAACGAGCUGCUGCCAAGGUCGCCUUGAAGGAUUUGCGGCGGCAAUAAUCGGGCGGCAUGUGAAAUACUGAGCGAAAAAAGAUUUCGCUGCUGACUGUGCGCACACUCAUUUGUGUUCUGCCUUACGAAGAAUGCUAACUGCUCUACGUGACCAGUUUAACAAAAAUCCUCCAAUUUUGUCGAAGCUUCCUGUUUGCUCAUUUGAUCUUAGAUGAUUGCACUGCCACUGCGCAGAGCUUUAGUUGCUAAAUAUUCCGUACGUACAUUUAUAUAAGAGUGCCUUGAACGAAGGUAAAAUCUUCCACUAGGGUAGAAGUUUUGUGAAGCGAAUAAUGCAUUAUCAAUAGCUGUAAGUUUGCUCUCUGAGAAACAGACUUGUAGUUAGGAGAUUAAGUAAUUUAGUCGAAAAGCAAUCAACGCACUUCGUAAGACUAAUUUGUUUGCCUUUGAAAAAAAAAGUGCUGGCGGUGGUUCUUCGAUUUGUUGUGCUAGUUUUUACCAUACCAAAUGCAACGAAAAAUGAUUGUUGCAAACCUACUAUCGCGUGAUAGUUGAAGGAGAUCGCAGUAGGACCCCGGUAAAUCCGCGCAAUAUUGUUUUAUGUAUUUUUGUUUAAGCAGUGUCUUAGUUAACGAUUGUAUAGCAGUUUAAACUUUGUCGUGUUUCAAUUAUUUUUAAAAUAUGUUAACAGAACAAAUAUAGAUAUAUUUUACGUUCCCGUA